AUGGGCGGUGCGUGCCUGCCCGCAUCGGGGCGCGACGAUGCGGCAGCGGCGGGCGCCGGGCGGCGGGCGGCGGCGGGUGUCCCCGCGGCGCUGCUGCGCUGGAACGCGGCGGCGGACCGCAAGCCGCCGCACGGGGCUGCGUUUCUGAUCGGGGUGGGCGCCGAGCCGCCGCAGCGGGCGCGGGUGGGGUGCGGGGCGGUGGUGGCGCAGCUGCUGCCGCGUGGGGCCGCCCCUCCUGGUGCCCGGGGCGCCUUCGCCGCCUACUUCGCGGCGGCCGCCGCGCAGCGCGAGAGGCGGGUGGGGGAGAACCCGCCGGCGAGGCGCCGGGGCGCGCGCGGCUGA